CCAAACCCGAAUUAUGCAGUUGGAUAGCCCAUCUUCCCCCGGGUUCCCCCAUUGAAACCCAUGUUAGAGAAAGCCAUGCAUUCCAAAAAAAAAAAAAAAAAAAUUUCGCAGACGUUUUUGUAUCCUCCAAAAUGCUCUCAAAAUUGCAUGCUCAAAGGCUUUUUACCAUUCCGAAAGCCAAUAAAUGUGCGCUUCAGUACUUGUUCAACCCGCUUUGUACCACUACUGAGUCGACCCAACUCGCUGAGUCGCCCAAGCUUCCUCCUUUGAGUCAAUUAUUCAAGACCAAAGGAAAAGUCCCUCCAGCUGAAGAUUCAGACGAUGAUUUCGUUAUCCCUUCUCUUGCCAACUGGGUCGAGACCCGGAAGCUUGACGACAACCAUGACGAAGACGUUAAGCGAUAUAUCAGCGAGUCCACGGACUCAGACUUGGACGAGAUCAGUAAAAUUCUACAGAACAGGUACCCAUCGCCGGAAAAUGUAGUUCAAGCUUUAAAAGGGUGUUCUUUUAAUGUAACUGACAGCAUGGUUGAACGGCUUUUGAAGAGGUAUAACAAUGAUUGGGUCCCGGCAUUCGGUGUUUUCAACUGGGCAAAAGAACAAACAGAUUAUAAGCAUUCUCCGCAGUUGUAUAACUCCAUUGUUGAAAUCUUAGGCAAGGCCAAGAAGUUUCGGCUCAUGUGGGAAUUGGUGGAGGAAAUGGACCAGUUGGGAGGGUAUAUUUCGUUGCUCACAAUGGCUAAGGUCAUCAGGAAGCUAGCAAGAGCUGGAAUGUAUAAGGAAGCAAUAGAGGCAUUCCAAGGAAUUGAGAAAUAUGGCGUAAAGAAGGACGUCAGCGCACUAAACAUUCUUGUGGAGGCGUUGGUGAAGGAGAACAGCGUAGAAAAUGCCCAUGAAGUUGUUUCAGACAUUCAAAAGUCGAUUCCUUUAAACGCACACACUUAUAAUAUUCUCAUCUAUGGGUGGUGCAAAGCGAGGAAGCUAGAUAAUGCCAAGAAGACGAUGGAGGAGAUGGAGAGAAAUGGGUUUUGUCCGGACGUUGUUUCCUAUACUUGUUUGAUCAAAUCAUAUUGUGGGGACAAGGAUUUUCGCAAAGUAGAUAAAAUUCUUGAUGAAAUGCAAGAAAAGGGUUGCAAACCGAAUAUAAUAACGUAUACUGUAAUAAUGCAUGCUUUAGGGAAGGCAAAGGAGAUUACUGCAGCUCUGGGGGUUUACGAGAGGAUGAAAAAGGAUGGUUGUGUCCCAGAUGCUCCGUUCUAUAGCUCUUUGAUUUACACUCUGAGUACAGCGGGGAGGUUAAAGGAUGCACGCGAUGUGUUUGAGGAUAUGCCAAACCAAGGGGUUACUAGGGACUUGUUGACUUAUAAUACCAUGAUUACUUGCCUUUGUGGGCAUUCUCAGGAAGAAGCUGCUUUGAAGUUGCUUAAGCAAAUGGUGGAAGAGGAUUAUUGCAAGCCAGACCUCAAGACGUAUGCUCCAUUGUUAAAGAUGUGUUGCAGAAAGAAGAGGAUGAAGGUGCUUAGCUUUUUGUUAAACCACAUGUUGAAGAAUGAUGUGAGUAUUGAAGCGGGAACUUAUUCACUUCUAGUAAAUCAGCUUUGGAAGAAUGGGAAAGUUGAAGAAGCUUGUUCCUUCUUUGAGGAAAUGGUGUCCAAGGGAUUUGUUCUCAAGGACAGUACAUUUAAGAUGUUGAAGGAGGGACUUGAGGCAAAGAAUAUGGUGGAGGCAAGGAAAAAGAUUGAGGAGUUGAUGUGUCAGGCAAACAACAAAUAAGAGUGCUGGGUGGAUCUUAGGAACUAUAGGAUUUUCAACAUGGGCGGUUCGCAUCGGUUUUCAAUAAGCUUCAAAUGCAUUUCCUAUAUUGUAGAUCAGUUUAUUGGCUUGGACGUUGGAAAGCUUAUGGUCUAAGUGAGUACAUUUUUCUCUGUUGGAAAAAUUAGGUUCGAACUUUGAAACCACUGUUACUGAUAAAUGAAUGAAAUGUGAAGAACCAAUCAUCAGAGAUUUUUAAGAAGAAACAUAAUCAUCUACGUCAACAUGAAAAUUCCCUUGUAAGUGUUGGAGCGGAAUUUUGAAGCAGCAAAUAGCAAUGUGUGAAAAAACAUUUCCUCCAAGUUUUGCUUUAUAGCUUAAUACUGGAGUAUUUUUUUUUUUAAUAUUUUAUUUCUGAUUAGUAUACUUUUCCUGUGGCUCAGUAAGAGACAUUAAAUCGGUCCAGAUCGUUGAGGUUUUGAAGAAUAAAUUCCUGUUGUGGAGACCA